CCUCUCUGUUGUCCCAUGUACCCUGGGGACACAAUUGAUCCCAGAUAGGUCUGGACGCUGUGUUUCUUUUAUCCUCAAGGAAAACAAGCGACUGUGUAAACCUACCUAUGGAAAUGUUCUCUUGUUUGUUUCCUGACUUCGGAUAGUGUCGUCACACACACACCGAAGCACCAGACCAAUAAAUGACUUCAUGCACCGUCAGCGAGUUCAAUAAUGAAGACAAUACGAUGUUGAUGUUGAUAUUCAGAACUGUGCCGCAAGGCAGCUACCCCCGUUACCAUGGAGACUGGCUUGCCAACUGUUUUAUUGAGUAGACUGGUGUUUUUGUUGCACUCUGUUAACCGCCUUGGCAACAGAAGCUAUUGUUUGAGUGCAAAAUGAAGAACUUGUCACUCGUCCUCCCCUCUAACACAAACACAGAUAAAACUAAGCUAUAACCCAAGAUGCCUCUAAAUGAUGAGCGACCUGCCUCCACCUCCAGCGGGGAGGACCAAGGCAGUGACGUGGAGUCGGCGUCAGAGCGCUGUGACAGCAUGACGUCGACCAGCGACCUGGACUGUUCCCGUGAAAGUUUCACAAGUGACUGCUCCAGCAAGCAUUGCACGCCCUCCUCAAGCCCACCCAAAACGUUAACUCUGGAUGAAGUCAUGGAGUCUGCCAGAGACCUGUCCAAUCUCAGCCUUGCCCAUGAGAUCAUUGUGAACCGCAACUUCCAUCUGGAGCCACAAAGCCUACCUCAGGACAGUAUAUGGAAGCUAGUUAGAGAUAAUGUCCACAAGGCCUUCUGGGACAUCCUGCAGUCCGAGCUGAACGACGACCCGCCUGAGUACGGUCAAGCCAUCAGAUUACUGGAGGAGAUAAAAGAGAUCUUACUGUCAUUCCUAAAUCCCGGUGCCAAUCGGUUGCGGACCCAGAUCAUGGAGGUGCUGGACAUGGAUCUGAUUCGUCAGCAGGCUGACAACGAUAUCGUAGACAUCCAAGGGCUUGCUUCUUACAUCAUCACCACCAUGGGCAAGCUGUGUGCACCGGUUAGGGAUGAGGAAAUCAAGAAACUCCGCGAAAACACAGAUAACAUGGUGACACUGUUCAGGGAGAUCUUCCGUGUGCUGGACCUGAUGAAGGCGGACAUGGUCAACUUAACAAUCAAUAGUCUGAGGCCAGUGCUACAGAGCCACAGUGUUGAAUAUGAGAGGGAAACGUUUCAGAACAUCCUGGACAAAACACCCAGUGCUCUGGACAACACCACCUUGUGGAUUAAGUCGACACUGGAGGAGCUGCAGUCGGCCACCAUCCCCACAGAGCAGACUAAAGGGCAGCGAGUGACUCCCGGGCCCUUUCAUGUCCUCAACACUGCCUUCCUCGGUAUCCUUACAUGGGACUACGACAAAAGCCCACUCCCUGAGACGUGGAUGACUGAUGAGACCCGUGUACGGGAGGUUCAGUGGCAGCUCCAGAAGUGUCAAGCGGUGAACGAGGUGUUGCUUAUUGUCUACAGCACCAUCGGAGGGCCUAUCCAGGGUCUGCCUUCCCUGUCUGACCGUCUGAAGAGAAUGACCAGUGUGCUGCUGGACGGGAUGCACAGCCCGAACUUUAACCUAGAAGAGGCACUAGAGGGGGUCAGUGCUCAGAUCUGCUGUGAGCUCAACAAGUCUUUAACAGAGAGGAGCUACCCUGCACUGUCUCCAGCACUGCAGGCUACUCUUAGAGGCCAGAUCUGCAGCAUCGUUCAGAAGGACAAUCCCAUCCGCACUCUAGUUGAGGAUCGUGUGCAGCAGUAUUUCAUGGCGCUCAUCUGCGAUCCUAAACCCCAGGUCAAACUUGAACAAGUACCAGCUGGCCUGACCGCCGUUAAACCUGAAAUGGCAUUGCUGGGAGCAAAGUUCAUCUCCCUGGUUAACUACAACAGGAGUGUCUAUGGACCUUUCUAUGCGGAUAUCAUCAGGAAGCUGAUGUUCAGCAGCAGUCCACCCGCCACAAACCCUUCUCAGGACAGCACUCAAGAAUCCGUCCCCUCCAAUUAAAUCCAAACUUUGUCUCACGCUGUCUAAGAGUCUUUUUGCUACUAGAACUAGCUAAAGCUAAGGAGCUACUACAAUAACUAGGCAGUACAACUGCUUCUGCUCAGCCAGUGUGCUCCAAUAGUUGGAGUUACCUUCAGCGUAUUAUAAAUGUAGUUUCUAUCACUACAUUUAGCAGUGAAGGCACUGCCCGUGUAGGCACCACGCGGUUGACAUUUAAUGUGACCUGCGUUUUGUUGUUUUUUUUUGUGCUAAGUGCUCUAAAGUUUCAAAAUGGAAAACCAGUGUUAGAAUGAUCCAUUUCUGGACCUAAUAGUGAUCCCUGUAUUGACUGUCAAACUCCUGUUAUUAUGGAGGGGAAAAAAGGGCAAAACCUUGGUAUGUCUGAAGCGUAGAGUAAGCUUUAUGAAGCAAAAAGGAAGAAAACUUAUAUAAUUAGAAAAGUUACAGAGUAGAAUAAGAGAUUCUUUACAUAUAACAAGUUAUUUAUCACAGGUAACAAUAUAGUAGAACUACAGAUAUGUCCACCUUUUGAACUUGCUUGAAUUAAUCCCUUUGAUUGUGUUCCCUUAAUUUGGAUUUUUGAUUUUGCAAAGAAAUAAGUUGUCUGCAUGACUCGCUUUGUUUGUGUGUGUGUGUAUGUGUUAAGUCAUUUUAGUUUUUAUUCUAGUCAUUUGUUGGAGUAUUUGUCACAUGUAUGUCUUAUACUUACUCACUUGUCAGUGGAAUACUUGUCAUAUCGAUUUUAGUCGCUAUGUUUGUUACAUUUUUAAGGUACUGUAGUCGUUACAGUAUUGUUGUGUUGGCUAUUAGAACCUGCGAGGGGAAAUAAAAAGGUGCUGAACUCAAAGUGUGUCUAAAAUUUCCAUUGGACCCAAGGAUGCACAAAGAAAAGCAGUUAUGUUCUUUAUAUGAAAGUUUACAUGAAAAAUGUGGGAAUUUGUUGUUCUUGUGUACUACAAUUAAUAUAAUAAAACUUUAAA